AUGGACACAGAGACCUCUAUCAACAGGUUGAGGGCUCAGUUCCUUUCAGAAUGCCCCGAUAAGGAUUUGAUGAGGAGAAUUAUAAAGCCAUAUUGCCAUGGACACGAUGUGCUGCGUCCCAAGGACGUAAAUUCUAACAUCAGGAAGUUUUAUAUUACGCCUGAGGGUAUUGAUAUAUUCCCCGAUUUAGAAUCACCACCAAUGUCUAGAAACUACAUGGAUAAUUGUUUGUCUAAUAGUAAUAAGAAGCCGGGCAAGGGUAGUAAGUCAUCAUCACAACCUAAUGAGUAUAAUUCCGACAGUGAAGCUGAAAUGGAGAACUAUAACAAGGAUGGUGGUGGUGGUGUUAAAAAUGUACCUGAAAAGGCCCAAGGAUUAGGACUUCACAGAGGUGAUACUACGAUGGCUCCACAUAAUUUUAGUGAUGAUGAUGGUGAAUCUACAUCAAAAGUGGGGGAACCAGUGCCAAUGCCCAUAUUAUCAGAGGCUCAAGGGGAGGAAGAGGAAGGUAGAGAAGAUGAGAAUAAUAUUAUUGAGACCAAUGACUUAGAUUCAGAUUCGGAUGAUUCAGAUUCGGAUGAUUCAGAUUUUAGUUCAGAAUCUAGGGACUCCAAGAAAAAAGGGAAUAGUAAUAGAAAAUUAUCAUUUCCAAGAAUUUUCAAAGGCAGUAAGAAAGAGAAUGCGGAUUCAAGUCGCAAAUCUUCAGGUAAGAAGAAAGCUAGCGUAUCAUCUCAAACAAAUAAAAGGCACAAUAGUGCAUUCGAUAUGAACUUUGGAUAUGAGCAUGGGUUUGAAGAUACUGAUGAAGAUGAAGAUGAGGAUGAAGACGAUAGCGGCGCAGAUUUACCCUCACAAUUUUUCCAAUUGGAUAGACAAGCUUCCAAGAAUUCCAAUAAUAACGAAAUAGGUGAAUCGGAAUCACAGCCCCAUAGACCAAAUAGUAAUAAUAGUUUGAGCUACAUCAAUAACAAUAAUAGCAAUACUAAUGUAGGAGGAAGAGACAGUUCGAAGAAGAAAUCACAUUUUCCACAAAAUAUGAUACCCAGACCUACUUUAUUAGAUGGUGGUAGAAAUAGUAGUAGGUCAGAAAGGUUUUUGAAGGGUGGUAAUGGUGCCAGUAAUGGCGCCGGUAAUGGUAAUGGUAAUGGUAACGGUAAUAACAACGGUAAUAAUAAUAAUUAUAAUGGUAAUCUCAACGGUAAUAGUAAUGGUGUUGGUGUUAAUGAGGAAUAUUUAGGUUCUCCAGGCGUAACUUCUGAAGGCACUAAAUCUGAUGAGCAAGAGGAGGAAAUUUCUGAUAUUGAAUCCUAUAUUAACGAACAAGAUCUAGAUAAUUUGAAUUUAGAUGCCACACCACCCAUGAACGAGAAAAGUUUAAGUUCUAAAAAUGAAUUGGAUAUUACGGAUAAUAAGGAUGUUGUUACUACAGAUUCAUUACCAGAAGAUGAAAAUUCUUUUAACUAUCCUGAUAAUUCAGAUUUAGUCUCGUCCUAUGGCAAGUCCCUAUUGGAUUCAGAUUUCAGUGGUGAUAACGUUUUUAAACCCGUGGAUUCUGCUACCGAAAGUAAUUCCAUUUUAGAAGAUUCAGAUCUACAACCAGAGACAGUAUCGCAUUCAAUCCCAUUAUCGCUGGACGAGUAUGGGAUUUAUCACGGUCAAGAUGAUACUACAUUGGAUACAGCAUUUGACAAAGCUGUGUUAAACAUAAAAGGCCUGAAACCAUCGAAUUUGAAAGAAAAAAGACAAUACGGAAGACCAAAUUCUCGUAGUACUUCCAUUUCAAGACAUUCAAACUCCUCCAAUGCUAAAGGUAAAGACACUACGAAUUCUUUCAUGGGAGCCAGUGGUGAUAGUAAUAAAGUUCUGAAGCAUGUCGAUAGUAGGGCUCAAAUGCAUGCUUCAGUAGACUCUAAGGCUGAAAAAUCAGCAACUCCUGCUAGCUCAGCGUAUAAUAAUAAGAACCCUGCGAAAAAUGAUUGGUUAAGUGUUGAGAAAACAACAAAUUUUGGUAAACCUAAGAAUCAUAACUCUCAACUAUCUUCAUUGUUCAGAAAGAAGAUUAAUCCCUCAAAGAGUUCCAAAGACCUUUUGGAAUAUUUUUCCUUUGUAUCUGGUAGUAAAGUGCCUCAGUUUGAAUCUACUGAAUUGAACGUUUACAUUGAAGCAUCUAAAAGUUUCAAAAGAACUCCUUUCAAUUUACAAGUUCGUAAAUCGGCUAAUGUAUUUGAAGUCAUUGGAUUUAUCUUAUUCCACUAUGCUACUGAAGUUGAGGAAAAGAACAUGAAAGACGAUGGAUUGAAGCUAGAAGAACUGCAAAAUCCCAACAGGUUUUGUCUAAAGAUUGUAGAUGAAGAUGGUGCUCCCUUUGAAGACGAUUUUGGUAAAUUAAGUAGAAAGAAAGUAAUUGAAACGCUUUCAGACGAUGAGGUUGUUCUCUGUCGAGUUGGUGAUGCUGAAAUGGAAUCAAAUGAAAGGGAAACACCAGUCCCAUUUAACGGUGGCGGCGAAGUGAUGAAUGGUACUGAGGUACUGAAAAAGGAUUUGAGUUCAGGAGCACUGAACCAGUUGAGUUAUUACAAACCCAUUUUGGGUCAAGAUGACGCUAACGAUAAUAACGGCGGAAACUCCAAAACCAUUGAAGUAAAAGUUUACAUUUAUCCCAACACGAAUAAGAAAUUUAAUUUCACCAAUAUUAAUGUUUCUGUCACUUCAAGUAUCAACGAUAUUCUGGUAAAAUAUUGUAAGAUGAAACAUAUGGAUCCCAAUGAAUAUAUUGUCAAAAUACCUGAGAAAAAGUUGGCACUCAAUCUCAACGACACAGUUUUAAGACUAGACGGUAAUUACCAAGUGGAAAUAAUCUCUAAGAAAGACGCAAGAGAAUUGAACUUGGAAAAACUGAAACCGGACAUUAAGAAACCUAAUUUGCCUACAAUUCAAAGUAAUGACCUAACUCCAUUAACAUUAGAACCAGGUACGGAAUAUUUGAAACCAGAAAAGGUUAAUGAGAAAUCUGAAAGAGAAAACCAAUCUAGUGCUCACAGGACUUUGAGUAAGAAGAAAUUAGCCGCGAAACAUAAAUUAGGUCUUUCCACUCCCAACUCUAGCACUAGUAGUAAUAACAGCGUUCCCCUAGGAAAUGGAUUCUUCAAGUUAAAGAAUAAUUCGAAGACAUCACUUCAUGGCUCACUAUCUUAUUAUGCACCCAAUAGACCUUUACUUGCUGGUACAGGUGUGGCAGCUGGUUUGACGGAUAACGGUUAUCAGGAUCUAUUUUCUGGUGCUUAUCACAGAUAUAGAGUCUGGAGAAGACAACAGAUGAGUUUGAUAAAUAAACAUGAGAGGACUUUGGCGCUGGAUGGUGAUUACAUCUACAUCGUACCACCAGAAAACUAUUUACAUUGGCAUGAAAACGUUAAAACCAAAUCGUUACAUAUUAGCCAAGUUAUUCUUUGCAAAAAAUCAAAAAGAGUACCUGAAUACUUCAAAAUAUUUUUCAGAAGGGGCCAAGAUGAAAUCAAAAGGUACUAUUUUGAAGCAGUUUCCCCCGAGGAGUGUACAGAAAUUGUCUCCAGAAUCCAGAAUCUUGCAAGUGCGUACAAGAUGAAUCACAAGUGA